CUCCCUCUUUCUGUCUCUCCAUUGCUCGAUUCGUCUCCAUUUUGGAUCCUCGGGAGGUCUGAUACGGAAUCGUCUCUGACAAUUGGAUUUCAUUGAAACACAAAAAAGGAGUUAUGCAUCCUUCAACUUCUCCCAGUAAUAGCCAUGGUCAUGGCAUUACUGAUGGAAGUGCUGAAGAAGAGUCCAGGAGACAAUUCCCAUGUCACUCCUCCUCGCUCUCCGCAGAAGACUUGGACUAUCAGACAAGGGAAUCUUCCGACAAUGAGAUGGAAUAUGAGACCGAUCUCUCAGAUCCGAGCUCAUCAACAAAUCCAAGGACUGGCCAUCAAUGGCGAGCUCCAAGAGGGAUCUUCAGAAUAUUGAAGAAGGGACCUCAAUUUCCUACUUUCCACAACAACAUAAACACAAUAAAGAAAUUGUCAAAGAAAAAGAGCAGGAGCGCAAGACAAAGCAUGCCCUCUUUUGAUACUAGUUUGGAUGCUGAAUGCCUACCUCACCUGAAAUCAUCGUGGAAAAACUUUUCCCUUUCGGAUCUUGCAGAUGCAACCAACAAUUUCAGCGAAGAAAAUAUUAUUGGAGAGGGAGGUUACUCUGAAGUUUUCAGAGGAAAUCUGAAAAAUGGGCAACUUGUAGCCAUAAAAAGACUAAAUAGAGGAAGCACAGAAGAGGUUAUAGCUGAUUAUUUAUCUGAGCUUGGUAUAUUAGUCCAUGUGAAUCAUCCUAAUAUCGCCAAUGUUAUUGGAUAUGGAGUUGAUGGUGGAAUGCACCUUGUUCUUCAUUUGUCUGCCCAUGGGAGCUUAUCAUCGAUCCUCACUGGUGAUAAGGAGAAUUUGACAUGGAAAAUCAGGUAUAAGAUUGCAUUAGGAACAGCGGAAGGCUUAUCGUAUCUUCAUGAAGGAUGUCAACGUCGAAUUAUUCAUAGGGAUAUAAAGGCUGCCAAUAUCCUUCUUUCUGAAGACUUUGAUGCUCAGAUAUCUGAUUUUGGGAUGUCAAAGUGGCUGCCGGAUCAAUGGACACAUCUCACAGUGUCACAAUUUGAGGGCACAUUUGGUUACCUUCCUCCCGAAUUUUUCAUGCAUGGAAUAGUGGACGAAAAGACUGAUGUAUAUUCGUACGGUGUUCUAUUGUUGGAAGUUAUCACUGGACGGUUGGCUUUGGAUAAAUCCCAAAAGAGUCUCGUAAUGUGGGCUAAACCUUUACUAACAGAAAACAAAUUGACCGAGCUAAUCGACCCAUGUCUUGGUGAAGCCUAUGACACAGAGCAGUUGAGUCAAAUGGUGACAGUUGCGGCAAUGUGCUUAGAUCAAAUCCCAUCUGAACGGCCUACAAUGAGCAAGGUGGUCCAGAUGUUACAAGGAGAAGAAGAGCAUAAUUUGGAUAAGCUGAGAAAAUUCACGAGAGUGCGAGUUUUGAAGAGGAAUUUAUCAUUGGGAACAUUAGAGUACGAGAACAAUAAUAACCCUGCGAACAUUUGAAUAAAAGAAAAAAGUGGAUGAUGAAGAUACAUCAGGUAGCUUUGGAGGCUAUAAACAAGAACACAAGAGAAAGAGGGAGAUUGUUAUAUAGUUUCAAAACAGUUUUCUGUUAAUAUAAUAAAUUGACAUUUAGUUUUGGGUGCUAAAUGAUCAUUUGUUACAUAUAUAUAUUUAUUAUAUGGUUUGUAAAACAGUUGAUUUUAUAUUUUGAGAGUGUAAAUUAUUAUUAUGUUUCAGUUUCUCUUUCAAAUGAAAUGAUGUUUAAUUCUUA